GGCGAACUCUCUCACACUCCGUUUUCCUGUCAUUCCUCUAGCCAUUGCUUCACCCCGGCGAUGUGACUGAUACACCUGCCAGCUUUCCUGAAGCAGCCCGCCCCUCCCCACCCACACCUGCUUGCUCCCAAGGGCCACAUUCAGGCGUGGCAGGAGAGCUGAGUGUCUCAAGGGUUGUCAUGUUGGGCUUUCUUUGACACUCCCUCAGGGUCAAACACAUUCACCCCUACACAUGAGAAAUAAUUUUACCCUUGGCCACAAUGGACCGUUGGUUCUGGUGUGACUCAAGCCUCAGCUCUGGUGAGGCUGUGGCUGCCUCGGCAAAAUCCAUUCGACUGUAUGAUGGAGACAAGAAGACAGGAUAUGAAGAUGGCCACCUCACACUCACUAAUCAAAGGUUGCUGUGGCGACAUGAGAGCCAGUCGUCAUCCCUGGGGUUGCCACUGAGCCUGGUGGUUCUUAUUGAGGACGAGGCUGGUGGGUUCACUUCCAGCCCAAAACUUGUCCUGCACUUGGCCAGUCCUCCACCUGGUCAUCCCUCUGGCCCUAUUGCCUCCAGCCAUGCUUCUUACGUGAGGCUUUCCUUUAAGCAUGGUGGCUGCAGCAGCUUUCAACAGGCCCUUCAGAAAGCACUUGAGGCUCGAGCAUGGGAAACAUUAAGCAUGCCUCAGCCAGCCAACAGUGUGAAGGCCUCAGGAUCAAAGAAGAUUCACACAGGCAUUCUGGGCAUUGAGCGGGACAUCCAGAAAAAGCAGGAGGCGGCCAGCCAAAACAUAAGCCGUGCCUUUGAGGACUUGAAAAACCUAAUGGGUUUAGCUAAGGACAUGGUGAGCCUAUCACGCAGCAUCUCCAACAAAAUCAAAGAGCACUCAGUCUCAGCAGAUGACACCACACAGUUCAGGUCGUAUCUCCUUAGUCUGGGCAUUGAUGACCCCGUGACACGGGAAAAGUAUGGCUCAGCAACACAGUACCAUCACCACCUGGCACGUGAGGUUGCUAGGGCCUUGGAGGAGCCUGUGCAGGAGGCUGGAGGAGUGAUGCUUCUCUCAGAAGUGUAUUGCAGGAUUAACCGAGCACGAGGCCUCCAGCUGCUUUCCCCAGAAGAUGUUGUACAGGCAUGCAACCUCAUGCGGACAUUAGACCUGCCUUUGAGCCUGCACACAUUUGAGUCUGGAGUCCAGGUGGUGCAAAUCACUGGUUUGGACCAGGAUAAGGUAGUGAAGGACACAGCACAGGUAUUGGCAUGCCAUGAAGGAGAUGGCAUGUCAGCUGGAGACCUGGCCAGGGAGUGUGGCGUGCCUCUCCUGUUGGCACGAGAGAGAUUGCUACAGGCAGAGCGGUGUGCCCAGGCUGUGAGGGACGAGUCCAGUGAGGGACUGAGGUUUUACCCAAAUUUGUUUUUUUCCCGCUCUUAGCCCCUUAACAUCCCUCCAGAUUGACUCACCUCGCAACAAGCUUUUCCUCCGCCCACUUGGGACUGGCCAUGGAAACAACAAUUCACCAGACUCUUCAGGUUUGCUGAUCUAUUACUGUCUGAGGGAACUGCAGUACACCAGCAGGAAACAACAGCAGAACCUGGUAUGCUAGGCCUUCUUACUCAGUCCUUCAUACAAACUUGAGAUGACCACAUGGGCGGAGGCUGUGCAGACUCUCAUUCUGUCGGCAUAAAAUUCCAUCACUAUUGUGUAAAGGAAUGGGAAAUAUAAUUGUCACUGAUGUUAUACUUAGCCACAUAUAAGCUAUUUUUGUUGGAGGACAAUGGGUGAAUAAUACACCAUGCCUUGCAAGAUAAAGGAGAGUGUCUGCCACUUUGAUGACUCCCCAUUGGAAACAAUGAAAUCCUUACCAUCCAGAUUAAUAAUGCUGAUUAGUCACUUACUGCUCUCUUUUUGUUCUUGCAUGAUGGCCAAAAACUUAGUAAGGAAGACCAGGAUAUUGUUUGAAUUCCUAAAGACCUGUUAUAUGUCCGACAGAAGUAGUAGAGUCCAGUUGAGUGCCUGGAAUGCCAAGCUUGGCUCUGACGCCAUACCAUGUGGAAAACUGAGGCUGUGCUAUGUAGUAGGCUGGGAGUGAUGCCUUACAUGAUUGUAUGAACUAAUUAGCUUAGAUUUGUUAAUAUUAAGCUGGAAAGUAAUUGUUUUUUUAUAGUGAGUUAAGCACCAUUUGUCACUAUUGCCAUUGUGAUGGAAGAUUAGCCAUCAGUGAACUGCUGUAUCUGCUCAUGACCUCUAAGCUUUUGUGUUGUGGAAUGAAAAGUCAAGUAAUUUUUUGUGAAAGAUUAUGAUAAGCAAGGCUGGAAUCACUAUUUUAAGGGUUUGCUGUGUGGUGCCAUACAUUUACAAUGUAUGUUAUUAUAUCUGUAAUGUUUGCAUAAUUCUUUUGUAAUUUAGGAAGAUGGACAGAAUGAACAUGAGGAAACAUGAUCUUAAUUCUUGUAUAAAAAAGCAAUGAAUGAAAGAUAAUUUGUUGAGUUUAUUAUUUUAUGAAAUGCAGAAAUAUGACUUACUCGUAUUUUGACUAAGAGAUGCUAGAAUAUCACUUUAUCUUCAUAAAAGAUGACGGAAUGAAAGUAAGUUAUUUGUCAGACAGAAUGUCACCUUGGAAGCAGGGUUGGCCCACUCCACUUAGCAGCUGUUUAUGUUCCCCAUGAUCUCUGCCUGGCUCCCAGAGCUGUUAGUCAGAUGAGAAAUACUUAAAAGAUUCUUACCUCAUUUUGUUACAAAGUAGGAUGGUAAUUGUAAAAAAAAAAUGAUCCUGAUGUUGUCAGUACAUAUUGUGUUGGUUCUGAUGUGAUGGUCUUAGUAUCCAUUGGUUCACAGGAGAGUGGGCAUCAUUGUGAAGAUUUGUCAGGAAAUGGAAUCACAUUAGUUAUGGGGCAGGGGACCAAAUCCAGAUCCUGUUUAGAACAUCCACAAGAGUUGGACCACUUCUUGACGGCAAGGCCUAAUGAGUUAGACAUCACAUGUUAGAUGGUGCCUCAGAUGGUAUGGUGUUAGGUUUUGAUUGAUUGUUUUAUUCAGAUGAUAUAGAAGUAGAUUAUUAAGUUGCUGGUUUUUUAAAUGCCUGCAGAAGCUUUAAUAUACAUGAUAUUCAUCUCUUGUGUACCCAUGUAUGUUUGUCCAGUGGUGCACAGUCAAAGAUCACCAGGACCACAGAAUCUAUCCAAGUUGCUGAGGUUGUCAUGUGGGCAACCUCAGAGCACAGCAAAGAAUACACAGUUAUAUUUGCAAAUGUACUGGGGUGUGUUAUAUUAAUUUUGAAAUUUUCUUAAUUUGACAAAACUUAUAGGACCUAUUUUUAGAUAUUUCAAUAAAGGUCAACAAUUACACAUCA